AUGGAAAGCCGACCAUUUCAAAACAAUGAGACCGAAAUUACGGAAAAUUGUAUACACGGAGAUGAAGAAGAAGUUGACCAAGAUGGAAGAUUUCUUUCGCGCGAGGAAUUGGAAGAGAACCAAAAAGUACGAGAAAUGCUCUUAAAAUUUUUGAAUGCAAAAUCGGCCAAUAAAUCUGAACUGCGGAAAUCCCUUUUUAACAUUGCCGGGAGCUUGAUGAAACUUCUCGCGAUUCUAGAAGAUACUCCAAAUCAGGAAACUACAGUUUGUAGGUCAAAAACUAGAGCAAAUCACCGAUGUGAUGAAAAUAAUAAAUUUUCCAGCAAGGACCAAAAUAUUCCGAAAAAAAUAAAUCGGCAUCUUGGGCCGAAAAAUGAUGGAAAUGAUGAACAAAUACCGAGAGUAACAUUAAAGAGAGUCAGCAGCAAUAACAAGCCUGGAUAUGUCGCUCAUUUUGAUAAAUCACUUUAUGAAAAUGAAGAAUGUAGAAUUAAUAUACAGAAACCCGACUCUGAUAAUUCACAAUAUAUCCCACUCCUGCAAGAAUAUGCCGCUCAAACGCUUCUACAAAAAGAUGAAAUUUGUAAUGCUCAAUUGAAUAAUGAGACUGAAAUAGUGUUUGAAUGUAAAAAUGUAGAACCUACCAUAACUUCGUUUGCACCGCAAAAAUUAGACUGUUUGUCUCAAAAUCAGUUGCAAGAUUCUGAAAUUGGCGAAGCAACUCAAAAAUUAAAUUCAAAUAAUGACUACGAAACCAACGGAGAAAACGAAAUAAUACCGCCUGUAAAUUUAGUACAUAACAACGAAGAAUCUGAAAAGCUUGAGACAUGUUCAAAAAAGUUGGAAAAGAACAGUAAUCGUAAAGUGCAUCAGGAUACGUCGUACGAUCACAUUACUCAAUCGUGUGACAUGCGUGGAAAAAAAUUCACACAGAAGACCAAACUCGCACAAAAAGAUGAUUACCUCAUAAAUCAAUACGAUUCAGUGCAUAAUGUUGAGAAAUCUGACAAUCUUGGUACAGGUGGAAAGGGAUUGCGACAAAAAGUUGCUCUGAAAAAACAUAUUGAUAAGGCACGCAGAAGUAUUAUUCACACAUGUGACUCAUGUGGAAAGACAUUCAAACGUAAGUCAAGUCUCAUGAACCACAUCGAUUUUGUGCACCAAAAUAUCAAUCAUCAUAAGUGUGAUAGAUGCCCAAAGGAAUUUAGUUCCAAAGGAGGUCUCAAUCUUCAUAUAAGUACGAAGGGUCAUCUAAGAGUCCACAUCAAUAUAAAGCACAUGAGUAAUGGAAAACUUUUCAAAUGUGACCAGUGUGAAAAAUCAUUCAACUACAAAUUUCGUCUCACUUUUCAUAUUAACAAUGUACAUAAAGAUAUAGCUCACCCAUGCGAUUUGUGUGAAAAAGUAUUUGUAUCAAAAACCGGUCUCAAAUUACACAAAGAUGCCGUUCAUCAAGAAAAGUAUUUACACGGAAGAGCAUUCUCAAAGUUCACAAAGAUGCCGUUCAUCAAGGUAUAA